CUAUUCCACUACUAAGCGAACGCUAACGCUUUGCAUUCAUUGCUGGUUGAUGAUAUGAGUGUGAGUUGGGUUUGUUUAUGAGAUGAAUGAGCUGAGUCUACCUGGUAGCGAUAAACAACAACUCACAAUGUCUUCUCUGUAUCUGCAUUCACAUAAUUCCAACUUAGUGUGCGAACAGAGUGGCCGCUUGUUGCCGAGCCGGGCCGACUGACGCUUAUUGCGAGAACCAAUGCGAGAAAACUGGUACUAUACAAAUUAGUACAAAUAAGCGCGAACAGGUCAUAGUGGGCGCCGAGCUGGUCAGAGCGCAAAGCUGAUUGAAUGCGAGAAAACAGUUUCAAAGCGUAUUCUAGCGCCGAAAGCAUUGUUUAUUCUGCGAAAAGCUAGUUUUGGACAUAAAAUUCUUUGGAAAAAGUGAAAUCAACAAUUAUAUGCUGUCAUUCAUCAUUUAAUGGCAUUCUUGUUGAACUUUUCUUGAGUACAGUCGUGUGUUUUGGUUUAUUUAAAAUGAAUGUAGAACAAUUAAUAAGUGAAGUUUUUUCUCGGCCGGCUUUGUGGGAUCAGAAAAAUAAAUGUUAUCAUAACCGUGUUUUAGUGGAAAAGCUAGGGAUGUCCGUUGCUUCAGAAAUGAAAAUACCAAAGGAAGACUUAAAAAAAAAAUGGAAGUAUUUACGCGAUCAAUUUCGAUGCGAAGUGCGCAAAAUUCCAACUCCAAAAUCGGGGGAUGCCGCAUCACAAAUUACUUCGAGUUGGCCUUAUUUCAAUUCUCUACUGUUUUUAAAGGACCAAAUGAAAUACAGAAAUUUAAGCGGUAAUUUAAAAGCGUCAAGUGUAAAAGCUACCCAAGAAGAGGUUGAAUAUGAAGGAGAAAUUGAAGAUAUUCUCAACACUUCACAAGUCGAAGAAACAAGAGAUCUGUGCGACAAUGACGAGUUCAGCUGUGAAGUUCCGUCGAAAAAAAAAAUACCUCUAACAACUGUAUUGGAUGAAGAUGAAGCAUUUUUUGUAACUCUUUUGCCGCAUAUUCGGAAGUUGGACCCAGAGAAUAAAUUUCUGUGUCGAAUGGAGAUGCAAAAUGUACUUUAUAAAUACGUGUAUAAAUAUGCCCACACUGUCCAAUGAAACUUCAAGAUUCGCGCCUUUGUCUUCACCAAUCAGCGUUUCUUCUGAAAGCUACCAGAUAAAUUCUUUAGACCUUAGCACAACUCCUUGUUUUCAACCGAUCUCAUUUAACACAGUUGAAGGUACAAAUAUACCAUCAACUUCAUCAUCAUUGGUUCCAGACCAAAAUACAAAGGAAACUGUAAUUUAUUCAUCUUUAAAUUCCUAUUAAUUAAUUUAUAUUAUUUAUUUUUAAUUUUUUUGUUUAAUUUUUCUUUUUAUUUAUAAAAAAAUGUAUUCAUGAAUUUAAUACGAUAUAAAAUGAAUUUAAUACAAUAAAUACAAAUAUGUAAAACAUAAAAAA